GCGCCCGGCGGGGGUGUGAGGAGGAGGACUCGGAGGAGGAGGAGGAGGACUCGGAGGACUUAGGCCGGGGCAGGUCGCGUUCGCUGCCUCCUCGCCCAAAGAGACACGAGGGGGGGCGGGGGCCGCGGCGAGCGGCUCCCCGCGCUGGCCUCGGCUCCGCUCGCGCCCCGGUGUGAUGAGGGUCCCCCUCCCCCAGCUGGCCCGGGAGGGGGCGCGGGGCACGGUUGAUGCGGGCACAGUAUGGAUCAGACUUGUGAACUAUCUAGAAGAAAUUGCCUGCUGUCCUUUUCUAAGCCAGUGGAUUUAGAUGCCCCCGAAGACAAGGACAGCCCAUUCGGUAAUGGUCAAUCCAAUUUCUCUGAGCCACUUAAUGGGUGUACUAUGCAGUUACCGACUGCCAGUGGAACAUCCCAAAAUGCUUAUGGACAAGAUUCUCCGUCUUGUUACAUUCCACUGCGGAGACUACAGGAUCUGGCCUCCAUGAUCAAUGUAGAGUAUUUAAGUGGGUCUGCUGAUGGAUCAGAGUCCUUUCAAGACCCUGCAAAAAGUGAUUCAAGAGCUCAGUCGCCAAAUGUUUGCACUUGCUUGAGUCCCGGUGGUCCAGCAGCACUUGCUCUGAAACAGGCGUCCUCUUGUAAUAACUGCCCCGAACUCCAGUUAAGAGAGACAGAGACGACCCAGAAUGGCUUUCUGCACUUUGAGAGUUUUGCUUGUGUGGACGAUGCAGGUGUAGAUUCUGAAAUGGCCCCAGAGCAGCCAGUCACAGAGGAUGAGAGCAUAGAGGAGAUCUUGGAGGAAACUCAGACCAGUGCCGCCUGCAGUGAUGAGCCUAAAUCAGAACACGGUGUAGAAGUGGCCAUGAGAAGUGAACAAGACCGCACACCAGAGAGUAGACACGGUGCAGUCAAACGGCCAUUCUUGCCAUUAGCUCCUCACACCGAAAAACAGGAAAAUAAACAAAGAAGUGAAGUGGACCGAAGCAAUGAAAAGACAGCCCUCCUCCCAGCCCCCAUUUCACUAGGAGACACAAACAUUACCAUAGAGGAGCAAUUUAACUCAAUAAAUUUAUCUUUUCAGGAUGAUCCAGACUCCAGCAGCAGUACAUUAGGAAACAUGCUAGAAUUGCCUGGAGCUUCAUCAUCAUCUGCUUCACAGGAAUUGCCAUUUUGUCAACCGAAGAGAAAGUCCACACCACUGAAGUAUGAAGUUGGAGAUCUCAUUUGGGCAAAAUUCAAGAGACGCCCAUGGUGGCCCUGCAGGAUUUGUUCUGAUCCGUUGAUUAAUACGCACUCAAAAAUGAAAGUUGCCAAUAGAAGGCCCUAUCGAGAAUACUACGUGGAGGCUUUUGGAGACCCUUCUGAAAAAGCCUGGGUGGCUGGAAAAGCAAUCGUCAUGUUUGAAGGCAGGCAUCAAUUUGAAGAACUACCUGUCCUUAGGAAAAGAGGGAAACAGAAAGAAAAAGGAUAUAGACAUAAGGUUCCUCAGAAAAUUUUGAGUAAAUGGGAAGCCAGUGUUGGUCUUGCUGAGCAAUAUGAUGUUCCCAAAGGAUCUAAGAACCAAAAAUGUGUCCCUAGUUCAAUCAAGUUGGACAGCGAGGAGGAGAUGCCAUUUGAGGACUGUACAAAUGACCCUGAAUCAGAGCACGACCUGCUGCUUAAUGGCUGCUUGAAGUCUCUGGCUUUUGAUUCUGAGCAUUCUGCAGAUGAAAAGGAGAAGCCCUGUACCAAGUCUCGAGUUAGAAAAAGCUCUGAUAAUAUAAAAAGGACUAGUGUGAAAAAGGGCCUUAUGCCAUUUGAAGCGCACAAAGAGGAGCAGAGGGGGAAAGUUCCAGAGAACCUUGGCCUAGGCUUUCUCUCUGGGGGUGUAUCAGAUAAACAGGCUUCUAAUGAACUUUCCAGGAUAGCGAACAGCCUAACGGGGUCUAGCACUGCACCAGGAGGUCUCCUGUUUUCUUCAUGUGGACAGAACACUGCUAAAACAGAUUUUGAGACUUCAAAUUGUGAUUCUUUAUCAGGUUUAUCUGAGAGUGCUUUACUCUCCAAACAUUCUGGAGAAAGAAAGAAACUCCAAUCAGGCCCAGUGUGCAGCUCAAAAGUACAGCUUUGCUAUGUGGGAGCUGGUGACUCGGAAAAGCCAAGUGACUCUGUUAGUGUGUGUGCCCCUUCUGAUGGUGGGAGCAGUGGUGUGGAUCCUGUAGAGCACACCUCAGAGCGUGCUAACACUGUCGGUGAAGUCACAGAUGCUUCUGAUAGAGCAGAGGAUGGUUUGUCCAUGCACGAAAAGGAAACAAAGUAUUCUAGGUAUCCUGCCACAAACAGGGUAAAAGAGAAACAGAAAUCCGUCAUUACUAAUUCACAUACAGACCACCUAAUGCAUUCUACCAAGAGAGUUGAGCCAGAAACUGCUGAGACGUCUCAGGUCAAUCUUUCAGAUCUUAAAAUCUGUAGUCCUGUUCCCAAAUCCCAACCAGAAUUUAGAAAUGAUGGUCUCACUACGAAGUUCAGUGCACCACUAGGCGUUUGUAGUGAAAACUCUCUGACAAAAGGUGGGGCUACAAACCAAACUCUGUUACCUUUGAAAUACAGACAGCCUAAGGCCCGCAGCAUAAAAUGCAAGCAUAAAGGAAGCCCAGCUGUUGAAGAGUCAGCUACAAAUGAGGACCUCAACUUGAAAUGCUGUUCUUCUGAUACCAAUGGCUCUCCUUUGGCCAGCGUGUCCAAAAGUGGGAAAGCAGAGGGGUUAAAACUACUGAGCAAUAUGCACGAGAAAACCAGAGAUUCGAGUGAUAUAGAGACAGCGGUGGUGAAGCAUGUUCUGUCAGAAUUAAAGGAGCUCUCUUACAGAUCAUUAAGUGAGGAUGUCAGUGACUCGGGAACAUCAAAGUCAUCAAAGCCUUUACUGUUUUCUUCUGCUUCUACUCAGAAUCAUAUACCUAUUGAGCCAGAUUACAAAUUUAGUACAUUGCUAAUGAUGCUGAAAGAUAUGCAUGAUAGUAAGACGAAGGAGCAACGGCUGAUGACUGCUCACAAUCUGCCUUCCUACCGCACUCCAGAUCGUGGGGACUGUUCUGGUAGCCCAGUAGGGACAUCUAAAGUUUUGGUGUUAGGAGGAUCCACACACAAUUCUGAAAAACCUGGAGAUAGCACUCAGGACCAGGGCCGUCCAAGUCCCAGUGGGGGUGACUCUGCAUUGUCUGGAGAACGGUCUUCCCUGCCCAGCUCCGCUGCUGACAAAAGGGACCUCCCUGCUUGUGGGAAAAGCCGCUCAAACUGCAUUCCAAGGCGCAACUGUGGCCGAGCAAAACCAUCAACCAAAUUGAGAGAAGCCAUUUCAGCCCAGAUGGCAAAACUCCCAGUCAACCCAAAAGCCUUAAAGACAGAGCGAAAGAGAAAGUUGAACCACCGACUUCCAGCUGUGACCCCUGUAGCUAACCGGCUGGGAGACAAAGGCAGUGGAGGCUCAGUGAAUGGCCCAUCCAGGGGCGGGGCUGAAGAUCCUGGUGAAGAAGAGCCUCUUCAACAAAUGGGCCAUUUGAGAAAUGAAGACACCCGUUUUUCUGAGGUACUUUUUGAUAGCAAGGCUAAAAAAUGUGACUCUGAUAAAAUUCUUGACAAAGAACCUUCUUUUGAGAAUAGAAAAGGCUCGGUUCUGGGCUCUGGGAUGAACAGUGAGAAUGAUGAAUGUCAUGGUGUUAAUCAAGUGGUGCCUAAAAAGCGGUGGCAGCGGUUAAAUCCAAGGCGUCCUAAGCCUGGAAAGCGCAUCAACAGAUUUAGGGAGAAAGAGAACUCAGAGGGAACGUUUGGAGUCAUGCUUCCUGGCGACCCUGUGCAGAAGGGCCCCGAUGAGUACCUGGAGCAGAGAGCUGAAAUCCUACUCGAGGAUUCCACAGCCGAUCCCGGUCUUGGUGGCCACUCGGAUUCAGUCGGGCCACGGGUGAACGUUUGUGAUAGACCCAGUGUCAGCACGGGCGACGUGGACAAGGAGACAGGAAUUCCCAGUUUGACACCACAGACCAAGCUCCCCGAGCCAGCUAUUCGGUCAGAGAAGAAACGCCUUAGGAAGCCGAGCAAGUGGCUUCUGGAAUAUACAGAAGAAUAUGAUCAGAUAUUUGCUCCUAAGAAAAAACAAAAGAAGGUGCAGGAACAAGUGCAUAAGGUAAGCUCUCGCUGUGAAGACGAAAACCUUCUUGCAGGGUGCCGAUCUAGUGCCCAGAACAAGCAGGUGGAUGAGAAUUCUUUGAUUUCAACUAAGGAAGAGCCUCCGGUUCUUGAAAGAGAGGCUCCGUUUUUGGAAGGACCAUUGGCUCAGUCAGAUCUUGGAGCUGGACAUGCUGAGUUGCCACAGCUGACCUUGUCUGUUCCUGUGGCUCCAGAAAUCUCUCCUCGGCCUGCCCUUGAGUCUGAGGAAUUGCUUGUUAAGACACCAGGAAAUUAUGAAAGUAAGCGUCAAAGAAAACCAACUAAGAAACUUCUAGAAUCCAAUGAUUUAGACCCUGGAUUUAUGCCGAAGAAGGGCGAUCUUGGCCUUUCUAGAAAGUGCUUUGAAGUUGGUCACUUAGAGAAUGGCAUUAUUGUUGACUCUCGUGCCACAUCUCAUUUGAAAGAGUUUGGUGGAGGCGCUACCAAGAUAUUUGAUAAGCCAAGAAAACGGAAGCGACAGAGGCAUGUCACAGCCAGAGUGCACUAUAAAAAAGUGAAAAAGGAGGACUCCUCCAAAGAGACUCCAAGCGCAGAGGGAGAACUGAUGAUUCACAGGACUGCUGCCAGCCCCAAGGAUAUUCUUGAAGAGGGUGUGGAACACGACCCCGGGAUGUCUGCAUCUAAAAAGUUGCAGGGUGAGCGAGGUGGAGGAGCAGCUCUGAAGGAGAAUGUUUGUCAGAACUGCGAGAAGCUGGGUGAGCUGCUGCUGUGUGAGGCGCAGUGCUGUGGGGCUUUCCACCUGGAGUGCCUUGGCCUGACCGAGAUGCCUCGAGGGAAGUUUAUCUGCAACGAGUGUCGCACAGGAAUCCACACCUGUUUUGUGUGUAAGCAGAGUGGGGAAGAUGUGAAAAGGUGCCUUCUGCCCUUGUGUGGAAAGUUUUACCAUGAGGACUGUGUCCAGAAGUACCCACCAACUGUCACGCAGAACAAGGGCUUCAGGUGCCCCCUCCACAUCUGUAUCACCUGCCAUGCUGCCAAUCCAACCAAUGUGUCUGCUUCUAAAGGUCGUCUGAUGCGCUGUGUCCGAUGUCCUGUGGCAUACCAUGCUAAUGACUUCUGUCUUGCUGCUGGGUCAAAAAUCCUUGCAUCUAAUAGCAUCAUCUGCCCUAAUCACUUUACCCCUCGGCGGGGCUGCCGGAAUCAUGAACAUGUUAAUGUCAGUUGGUGCUUUGUGUGCUCAGAAGGAGGCAGCCUUCUGUGCUGUGAUUCUUGCCCUGCUGCUUUUCAUCGUGAAUGCCUAAACAUUGAUAUCCCUGAAGGAAAUUGGUAUUGCAAUGACUGUAAGGCAGGCAAAAAACCACACUACAGGGAGAUUGUGUGGGUAAAAGUUGGUCGAUACAGGUGGUGGCCGGCGGAGAUCUGCCAUCCUCGAGCUGUUCCCUCUAACAUUGAUAAGAUGAGACAUGACGUGGGCGAGUUCCCUGUCCUCUUCUUUGGGUCUAAUGACUAUCUAUGGACUCAUCAGGCCCGAGUCUUCCCUUACAUGGAAGGGGAUGUGAGCAGCAAGGAUAAGAUGGGGAAAGGAGUUGAUGGAACAUAUAAAAAAGCUCUUCAGGAAGCUGCAGCAAGGUUUGAAGAGUUAAAGGCCCAAAAAGAACUAAGACAGCUGCAGGAAGAUCGAAAGAAUGACAAGAAGCCACCACCUUAUAAACAUAUAAAGGUGAACCGUCCUAUCGGCAGGGUGCAGAUCUUCACUGCAGAUUUGUCAGAAAUUCCCCGUUGCAACUGUAAAGCUACUGAUGAGAACCCCUGUGGCAUCGACUCCGAGUGCAUCAACCGGAUGCUGCUGUAUGAGUGCCACCCCACCGUGUGCCCUGCCGGGGGCCGCUGUCAGAACCAGUGCUUCAGCAAGCGCCAGUACCCCGAUGUUGAGAUCUUCCGCACCUUACAGAGGGGCUGGGGUCUCCGGACGAAAACAGACAUCAAAAAGGGCGAGUUUGUGAAUGAAUAUGUGGGUGAGCUAAUAGACGAAGAAGAGUGCAGAGCUCGGAUUCGUUAUGCACAGGAACAUGACAUCACCAAUUUCUACAUGCUCACUCUAGACAAAGAUCGGAUUAUUGAUGCCGGGCCUAAGGGAAACUACGCUCGGUUCAUGAACCACUGUUGCCAGCCCAACUGCGAAACCCAGAAGUGGAGUGUGAACGGAGACACCCGCGUGGGCCUUUUUGCUCUGAGUGACAUUAAAGCAGGCACUGAACUCACCUUCAAUUACAACCUAGAGUGUCUUGGGAAUGGAAAAACCGUGUGUAAAUGUGGAGCUCCAAACUGCAGCGGCUUCUUGGGUGUGAGGCCAAAGAAUCAACCCAUUGUCACGGAAGAAAAGUCAAGGAAGUUCAAGAGGAAGCAACAUGGGAAGCGCAGGAGCCAGGGUGAAGUCACAAAGGAAAGAGAGGAUGAGUGUUUCAGCUGCGGGGAUGCUGGUCAGCUCGUCUCCUGCAAGAAACCAGGCUGCCCAAAAGUUUACCAUGCAGACUGUCUCAAUCUGACCAAGCGGCCAGCAGGGAAGUGGGAGUGUCCAUGGCAUCAGUGUGACGUGUGUGGGAAGGAAGCAGCCUCCUUUUGUGAGAUGUGCCCCAGCUCUUUCUGCAAGCAGCACCGAGAAGGGAUGCUUUUCAUCUCCAAGCUCGAUGGACGUCUGUCUUGUACUGAACAUGACCCCUGCGGCCCUAACCCUCUGGAACCAGGGGAGAUCCGUGAGUAUGUGCCUCCCUCAGUGCCGCUGCCUCCAAGCCCCAGCCCUCAGCUGACAGAGCAGUCAUCCAAGAUGGCUACUCAGGGGCCCAAGAUGUCUAAUCAACCACCUACUGAUGCCACCCAGACGCUGCCACUUUCCAAAAAGAAUGUGACAGGGACGUGUCAGAGGCCACUGCUACCUAAAAGACCCCCUGAAAGAACUGACUCUAGUUCCCACCUUUCAGAUAGGGUCAGAGACCUUGCUGGACCAGGGACCAAAUCCCAGUCUUUGGUAUCCAGUCAGAGGCCACAGGACAGGCCACCUACUAAAGAAGGACCAAGACCUCAGCCAUCUGACAGAGCCUCUCCAGUUACCAGACCAAGCUCCUCACCCUCAGUCAGGCCCCUGCCUCUGGAAAGACCUCUGGGAGUGACAGACUCAAGGCUGGAUAAAUCUAUAGGUGCUGCCGGCCCAAAGUCCCAGUCAGUAGAGAAAACCCCAGUCCCCACUGGCUUGCGACUUUCAACAUCAGACAGGCUGCUGACCACCAACAGUCCCAAACCUCAGAUUUCUGACAGGCCCCCAGACAAAUCCCAUGCCUCUUUGACCCAGAGACUUCCACCUCCUGAGAAAGUACUGUCAGCUGUGGUCCAGUCUCUGGUAGCUAAAGAAAAGGCGCUGAGGCCUGUGGACCAGAACACUCAGAAAAAGCACAGAGCUGCUUUGAUGGAUCUCAUAGACCUAACUCCUCGCCAGAAGGAGCGGGCUUCUUCUCCUCAUGAAGUCACACCACAGGCUGAUGAGAAGAUGCCAGUGCUUGAGUCAAGCUCAUGGCCAUCUAGCAAGGGUCUGGGGCCUAUGCCACGAGCUGUGGAGAAAAGCAGCAUGUCAGAUUCCCUCCAGCCAGCUGGAAAAGCAGCAGCUCCUUCAGAACAUCCUUGGCAAGCUGUUAAAUCAUUCACCCAGGCCAGACUUAUUUCUCCACCUUCUGCCAAGGCUUUUUUAUAUGAAUCAACAACUCAAGCCUCAGGAAGAGCUCCUGCGGGAGCUGAGCAGACCCCAGGACCUCCCAGCCCAGCACCAGGGCUGGUUAAACCGGUGAAGCAGCUAUCGAGAGGACUUACUGCCAAGAGUGGGCAGGCCUUCAGGUCUCUUGGGAAGAUCCCAGCUUCCCUCCCCAGUGAAGAGAAGAAGUUGGCAACCACAGACCAGAGUCCCUGGGGCCUGGGAAAAGCCUCACCAGGGGCAGGGCUUUGGCCCAUAGUGGCUGGACAAACACUAGCACAGGCUUGCUGGUCUGCUGGGGGCACACAGACAUUGUCACAAACUUGCUGGUCCCUUGGAAGAGGGCAAGACUCCAAACCAGAGCAAAAUACAAUUCAAGCUCUUAACCAGGCUCCUUCUAGUCGCAAAUUUGCAGAAUCAGAACAGAAAUAAUACAGUAAAUGUCACAUAACCAGACAAGCUGUCCCCAGGGUACCCUUUGGGGAGGGAAAUCUUCAUUUCUUUUUUUUCCUUCUUAAAAAACGUAUUCCCAACACUUCCACUGUUCUUUCCUUAUAUCCCAACACUCAGAACUCUUGUGACAUUAGCCCAUGGGGACUUGUGGUUGUGUGAACCGUGUAUGGAAAUCCGUCGGGCCCCAUUCAAGGAGACAUACAGACUUGAGUCUCUUUGUCCUAACUUUUACAUAUGGUCAACUUCAAAUAAAAAGUCCUCUCUGGAAUCAAGCAUGGAAUUCAAUUCCACUGGUCAAGUUGGAAAGUACAGGGGCUUUCAGGGCUUUUUCCCUGGCCCAGCAGUGCCCCACUGAGAUCUCCUGAUAAAACUUCAGGGGGAUCCGAUGUUAAUUCAGGUCACUGGCAGUUUCUUGAGUAUUGAUGUGUGCUAGGUCAGGAGCUAGUGAUUAUUGUGAGACAGAAUUACAUAAGGCCUGACCCUAGUGAGCCUAAUUUGCCUGCUUGGGUCCCCAGGCAGAUUGCAAGGACCUCUGACCAGGAAACAACAAAAAGUACUGUUAGGCCAUGAGUUUCCAGUUCUGUUUUCAAGUGGUUUUUUGUUGUUGUAUUUUGUUUUUUUGGGUGUGUGUGUGUGUGUGUGUGUGUGUGUGUGUGUGUGGCCCAGAAUGUGGCUGUACUGAACAUACGUCUCCUGGUUGGAAAAUGCAUGCAUAUAUGUGCAUGUGUGUGCCUACAAAGCCCUUCUCUGUAAAUGGAAGGGUGCUACGUCAAGGCCAAGGCGAGCUGAGGCAGCUGCUGCAGUCUCUGUCUGUGGGACAGGCUGCAGAUUUGCCCUUGGAGAGCAUCUGGUCAGGUCCUGCUCUCUGAGAAUGAACUGUCCCAGAAGCAGACAAGGGCAGUUGGCGAGCUUACCUUUCUUCUCGACCAAUAAUCCUUUUACAAGAACCCACCCUCCUCAUUUCCUCAAACACUCAGGUGCUUUCAGAUUUCAGUCUAGGGCAGUGGACGUAGGGGAUUUCUGGUGCACUCUUGGCAAGACAAAGCACGUUCAAGAAGACUGUCAGGCCCAGAGGGAAUUCUCCCCCGGUCCUCCCCGGUCUCCGACUCUUGCCCUGUCUGAAGGGAGGAGCCCUCUCCACCUCCCUGCAAAUUGCUGUGCCUUCUAUUUCAGAGAGCACAUGCCUAGUAACUUAGCCCAGUGGCAAGCCAGAACCCUUCCACAAGACUGGAGAAACAUGGUAUUUGGAGCAAUGUCCGAUCUAAGAUGACUCCUUAGAACUGCUGAUUUUCUGUUACUGCUGCCCUGAGCUGGGGCCCAAGGGCUGGGAAUCUGUUGGUGCUACCCUGCCCUACCAUUUCCCCAGCUCACAAACUGCCAACAGGAAGUGCUAUUUGGCUAGUUUUUUCACACCUGCCCUUUGUCCUCAGACCAUGUGUUUGUUUACCUGUCUGCUUUGCCAACUCAGCAUCUUUAGCAAACAAAGACAUCUCCUGGCCUUUCCCUCAGUUAAGGCUUUUACACCCUCAGCAGGAUUCCACGUCUUGCCCCAGAUUCCUCCUCCCUAAAUUCCUGUUGAGGUUAGCUCCCAUCACUUCUCAAAGGAAAGAACAGUGGUGGUUAGAGAAGCAUUUGUGCUUUAGAUAAAAAUUGAAAGUAGGACUUGUAUUUAUUCCCCAAAGUCUGUCUCUGGGAUCGAGACAGUUGAACUCAGGCAGUGGGAUGAGGCUGGGGCAGGGCUGUCCCCGGUUUGGGGUCCUAACCCCUACACGUUACUGAAACCGCAGAACUCCCUCUCUGAAUGAAGUACACCUGCCUAGUUCUCCCUUUUCGUCCUCUGUCUUUCCACAUCAUCAGAGUCAAAAAGCUCUUUGUUCAAAAGGAAGAGAAAACAUAAAGCAUCUUAUUUUCUUUUUAAAAAAUUUUAAACCGUGAAGAAAUAUUUUUAAUGAAAUUCACCCAGGACAUUAAAGUUCACUAUAUUCCGUAUCUAUCAUGUGUGAGAAUGUAAGUAUAUAACUGCAGCUGGCAGACCCUGCCCUGAUUUCUUAGGUUGUGUGAGUAGGUUUGCUUGGCGCCAGUCCUGUGCCCUUUGCUCUCCUGUCAUCUGUAGUUGUGAUCAAAAAAAAAAAACAAAACACAGAUCUGCACUGCUCUGUCAGCGUCUCCUUUCACUGUUGUGUGUUCGAUUAUCGUAGCUGUUUCAUGAAAUAAACUGUGAAGUGGGGGGUGGGGGGUACCGGCUAUGUAAAAAUCUUAAGUGGAGAAGUCAGGUGUUGACAUAGCUUCUCUAAAAUAGGUUUCAGUAGGUAAUUGGCUUUGACAGCUGUCUAGAAGUGUCUCACAGGACAGGAGGGCGUUUUGGAUGGGGGUCAUGAUUGACCACUCGUGUUUUGUUUUGAUAUUUCCAUUCACCACCAUUCUUGAGCCUUCCUUUCAGACCUGCUAGGAAAACAUCUUCUGAGCUGUAUACUCGCUUGUGGAAUGGAGAGUUGAGGCGCACUGGUGAGGCACAGUCCUAAGGACAGGCAUGUUCUGGCCAGGCCCACUGACAGACUCUCGGGGUGUUGAGUGGGGGCCCCUGGGAGCAGAAUGAGAGUGGUCUUAAAAUUGGGCGUCAGUUACUAUCCUUUAGUACCAGAAGUGCUGGGAGGGGUGGCCGGUCGGCGGCAGUGGGGAGAAGGUGGCCUUACGGUUAUUCCUGGCUGCUUUUGAACCCUGAAAUAACUCUCCAUCAGGGGUGUAGAGCUGGCCACAGGACGUCUUUUAGAAACUUGUGAUCGUGGAACAGCGGGACUGGCAUUGGCAUUUAGCUGAGUGCUUAAAGUCUGAAUAGCCAGAGAAUCUGCCCGCAAGACGGCACCCAGGAAGAGCUUUCCAGGGACAAGCCAAAGGCAGAAAAAUCUCUUAGUUAGAAACUAAUACUUUUGGUUAGUUAGGGGAAAAAAUAGGGAUUAUUGAAAUUUCCAUUCAAAACUUGAUUUGUUCCUCCUGCUGGAGCCAACCCAUUUUAAUAGAAGAUAGACAUCAUUUUCAAAAGAAAAAAAAGGUAUUUUAGAUGUCUGCUUCCCUAAAAUUACUGUUUGAGAUUAUUUAAGUCACUGUGUUAGCUUUUUGGUUUUCGUUUUUACCACUCUGCAUCUUUGACAUUCAUCCCCACCCCACACUACAGUCUUGGCUUGAAGUACAGCACUGAGCCUUUGGCCCUGCACGGCCACUGGAGCUGGGCUUCCGGGUUGUAUUCCAGUGUCCCAGAACUGCCAGGACUGGUGUCUAGGUUGUCCAUGCAGGGCAAUGAGGAGAACAUUCAAUUUGAUGGGCUUUGUCCCUGGCUCCAAAAGGAUAUUGUUAUCCUCUUGGGGCUUGUCUUUGGAUGAGAAGAGGCCCAAUGUCCUCACCUCAUUGGAGCAGCAGCAGUAAUUUCCUGCUCUUAAAAUUACUCAUUGUUAAUUACCCCGAGUCAUUUAGAUCUAGGUAGCUACUAUAGGAACUUCGAUUGGCUGUCAUCAGUUUGCUCUCAGUUGAGCUUCCGAGUCAGUGCAGAAGUUGCUAUAGUGUGAACUGAAACACAAAUAAUUGCUUUGUACACAAAACAAUGUAAAGAUGGUGCUAAUCUCGUGGGAUAAAUAAGCCAAGGGUUGAGGAAGCGGUGACAUGAGAGACCCAGGUUCCUGUUUGGGGAGAUAAUUUAUAUAGGUUCCUUUCAGCUCUGGGAGAGGUGGGCGGCAGGUAGGGUCAAGGAUGGUUGCCCACCCAACCCUGGAGUGGUUCAAUACAGAUCCAGAUGAUGGCCACUGAGUUCCUUAGGGUCAGGGCCACCUGGUCUGUAGUCCUCGUCCAUCCGGCCUAGGACAUGUCGGAAGAGAACUGUGGUUGUAGGGUCACCAUUGCCGUCUGCUCUCUACCUCUCCCCUCCUGUGGCAUCGCGGUUGCUCGGGAAGAUGAGGGCAGUGUUUCUUAAGUUGGAAGAGCUUCUUAGACAGCUACAACCUCACAGAGCUGCUUCCUGACCAUUAAACUCUUUAUGAGCUGGGCAGUGGCGCAGCCUGUGAUCCCAGCACUCGGGAGGCGGAGGCAGAUGGAUCUUUUGAGUUUGAGGCCAGCCUGGUAUGCAGGGUGAGUCAGGACAGCCAAGGCUACACAGAGAAAUCCUGUCUCAAAAAACAAGAACAACAAAAAUUGUUUUGUGGUCCUUUCCCUGUAGAGCCUUCCUGUGCCUUUAAGAACAUCAGUCAGUGAGGAGGGCCUCCGGGAAUGGCUACUGGGAGCUCUGCACAGCUCAGCAGAGGCAGACAGGAGCAGGGCGGGCACUGAGGGUCCUGGUGUUUCCAGGGUGGGCAGAGCAGGUGGUCUCCAGGUUGUGGUGGUGCCGCCUUGUAUGUGUGUAGGUGAGUGUGGGAGUUGGGUGAGCACCUAGGAGCUCAUGGAAAGCAGCUUUCUAGGUCUUAGCAAAGAAAGCUCUAUUUUUUAAACGGGGAAAAGGGUUCAACCAAGGUCCAUCACUGUGUUCUCUCACCCCCAACAGACUGUCAGCUGAAGUGAACAUCCUAGUGAAAAAAGAGGGGGAACCCUGUGCUAGGAGUCCCCAUAAACAUGUACUGUAAUUCUUUGUAUAUAGAAAAAAAUACUGUAAAGUAAAGUUUAACUUUACUCUUA